AUGUCUAUUUCAGAAGUCCACAAUAAACUUAAUUUCUCAAAUUAUCUGAACUAACAAACAACAUUAACAGUCUAUCUAGGUGUAAAGGAAAUUGAAAUUGACCAGAUAUAAUAGUUAACAGCAUUUGUCUAUAAACUUUCUUUCAAGUAUUUUUAUAAUUGAUAUUUAAAGGAACUCAAAGAGAUAACUAACUUUGCAUACUAAAUCUAGCUUCUCUCCAGUCUCUGUAUAUAUAUAUAAUAUAUUUUAAUAGGGUAAUCAAUUAGAGAAAGAUUAUACACUUUCAUAAAAAUUAUCUUCUGCGAACAUGCCAGUCCCCAAAACCUUGUUUUACUGUAGAGAUUAAUCUAUUCUUGGAGUUCCUUUUUAUGCUACAGAAUAUGUUGAAGGACGAAUUUUUACCAAUGAAUAAUUACUAAAUAUUUCACAAGCUGAAAAAAGAUUAUUGUUUUAAGGAGUUUCUAAAGCCUUAGCUCAUUUACAUUCAAUUAGCUUUAAUUAUCUUGGGCUUGGAGAGGUGGAAUAAUAAACUAAUCAUUACCAAACUUUAAAUAAAAAAUUACAUAACUUAUAUAAAUUACAUGAAACCAAUUUAUCAACAAAUGUAGAAGAUUUAUUGUAUUGGUUAUCAUUAAAUACCCCAGUAAAUUCUGAAUUGGAUAAUCUUUGUUUAAUACAUGGUGAUUUUUCACUCUCUAAAGUUGUAUUCCAUCCAACUGAACCAACAGUUUUGGCUAUCUUAGAUUGGCAAUAAGCAUAAAUAGGAAAUGCUUUUAUUGAUUUGGCAAAUUUUAUUUUACCAUACUAUAUACCUUAUUCAAAUGGAUAACAUUAAAUUGAUGGAUGGUUUGGUGUUGAAGAAAUAAUGGGUUAACCUAAUCUCCAAGAUGUAUUAUCAACUUAUUUUACAACAAAAUCAAGUUAAACCAUUCCAGAUAUCAGAUAUUAAGUUAUUAUGUCAAUUUUGAAAUCAUCAAUUGAUUAACAGAUACUCUAUAAAUAAACCAAACAUGAGAAAUAUUAUUAGAAUUCUCUUUUUUUAGCCAAAGCUGGUAAUGACAUAAUAAUGGAAUUGACAGAAGGAGAUCCUUUUGGUGUCAAAAUGAGAGCUACAAAUGAUGCUUAAAUAUGGUCAAAUUGGCCUGUUUCAGAAAGAUGCAAAAGUUAUUAUUAUAGAAUUAAGGAUUUCUUGAGAGAUGAGGUUUUUCCAGUAGAAAAAGCCAUCUUAGAUAAAGCUAGAGAAGUUCCAAAAUCUCUACCAAAUAAAACAAUUACAGAAAUAGAAGAACUUUAAAGAAAAGCAAAGUCAAUAGGAUUAUGGAAUUUAUUUAUCUAAGAUCCUAUGUAUGGUAAAGGAUUAUCUUAAUUGGAAUAUGUAUUCAUAUCAGAAAUUAUAGGAUUAAGUUAUAUAGGUCAUGAAGUAUUUAAUUGUUUAGCACCUGAUACAGGAAAUAUUAGAUUAUUAAUUGCUUAUGGAACAUAAAAUUAAAAGGAGAAAUAUUUGAAACCAUUAUUAGAAGGUAAAUGCAAAUCAUUUUUUGCUAUUACUGAGAAAGAUUUAUCAUCUACAGAUUAACAUAAUAUCCAAUUAACUAUCACUUCUACAGAAGAAGGAUUUAUUUUAAAUGGGGUAAAAUGGUUUGUUUAAAAUGCUGCUGAUGAAAGAGCAAUCUUUGGUAUUGUAGUUGGUUAAUCAUCUCAGUAUACAAAUAAUCCUAAUGAAACAUAAUCUAUGAUUCUUGUUGAUAUGAAUAAUCCUAAAAUAUAAUUAACUAGAUAAUUCUCUUCUCAAAAUUUCUAUGAUUUACCUCACAGUUAUUCUGAGAUUGAAUUCAAUAAUGCUUUUAUUCCAAAAGAAAAUCUAUUAGGACCAUUUGGAGGAGCAUUAAAGAUGAUUGAAGAUAGAUUAUUAGAGGAAAGAUUAAAUCAUUGUGUUAGACUUAAUGGAUUAACUAGGAGAAGUUUAGAUUUAAUAUUGUCUAGAUCUGAGAAAAGAAUAAUUUUCAAAGAAAAAUUAAAAGAUAAUGCUGCUUUCUAAGAGAAAUUAGGAGAUUUAGAAAUUUCAUACUAAUCUUGCAGAUUAUUAACUUUAAAUGCUGGAUUAUUAUUGGAUUCUGUUGGAAAUAAACAUUUAAAUGCAUAUUUGGCUGUUAGUGAAUGUAAAGCUCACAUUCCAAAGGCUAGUCAAUAUAUUUUAGAUUCAUGUAUGCAAAUAUUUGGAGCUGAAGGAGUAACUGAAGAACAACCAUUAAGCCUUAUAUUCCGUUUUGCCAGAGCACUUAGAUUCAUUGAAGGACCAUGUGAAGUGUAUCUUAGACAAAUCUCAAGAUUUGUAUAUGGAAAUCACAUGUUUAAUGAUUUAAAUAAUGCUUAAGGAUAUGGAUUAGCAAAGUUAUGA